UCGGGACGCUGGUGAGCAGCUCCGGGCCGCCGCCAGUCCCUGCGAGGAGCCCGUCCUGCCGUGCAGAUGUGUUUGAUUGGAGCAGCGCGGGGGUUAUUUUCUUUUGACUGAAGGCAACCCAGCCCCGGCGGAUUAAGCUCUUUGUGUGCACGCGAGUGUGCCUUUAUGGAAGCUGCUCCCGCAAAACCAGCCGGGGGGGUUGCCGGGACCAUCCCCUAGGUCGGGGGGCUCUUCUGGAGGAGGGGGGGACCUCCUGUUUCCGUGACUCUGAGGCGAUGCUGGGACAGUAACUCCCUUGGCAGGCAGCACAGUGUGCUCCGGGAUGGCCGUCUAUGCCCUCACGGGCUUCUCGCUCGUCAGCCUGCUCAGCUUUGGCUACUUAUCCUGGGACUGGAUGAAGCCCAGUUUGGUGGCUGAUGUGGCCACGGACCCCAUGGAGAAAUCUCUGCCUCCUGCCUUUGCCAGGCCACCCCACAUCAUCUUCAUCCUGACUGAUGACCAGGGCUACCACGAUGUCGGGUAUCACGGCUCGGAUAUCCAGACGCCGACGCUGGACAGGCUGGCAGCGGAGGGCGUGAAGCUGGAGAACUACUACAUCCAGCCCAUCUGCACCCCGUCCCGGAGCCAGCUGAUAACCGGCAGGUACCAGAUCCACACAGGGCUGCAGCACUCCAUCAUCCGCCCUCGGCAGCCCAACUGCCUGCCCCUCGACCAGGUCACCCUGCCACAGAAGCUGCAGGAAGCGGGCUACUCCACACACAUGGUGGGCAAGUGGCACCUUGGCUUCUACAAGAAGGAGUGCCUGCCCACCCGCCGGGGCUUCGACACCUUCCUGGGGUCCCUGACAGGCAACGUGGACUAUUACACCUACGACAACUGCGACGGGCCGGGCGUCUGCGGCUACGACUUGCACGAAGGGGAGGACGUGGCUUGGGACCAGAGCGGGAAGUACUCCACCUUCCUCUAUGCCCAGCGUGUCAGCAAGAUCCUGGCAUCCCACAGCCCUAAGGAGCCCAUCUUCAUCUACGUGGCCUUCCAGGCAGUGCACACACCGCUGCAGUCGCCCAAGGAGUACAUCUACCGCUACCGCUCCAUGGGCAACGUCGCUCGCCGCAAGUACGCUGCCAUGGUGACCUGCAUGGACGAGGCGGUGAAGAACAUCACCUGGGCCCUCAAGAAGUAUGGUUAUUACGACAACAGCGUGAUCGUGUUCUCCACUGACAAUGGUGGGCAGACCUUCUCCGGGGGAAGCAACUGGCCACUACGGGGCCGCAAAGGGACGUACUGGGAAGGGGGAGUCCGUGGCAUCGGUUUUGUCCACAGUCCCCUGAUCAAGCGCAAGCGUCGGACAAGCUGGGCGCUGGUUCACAUCACAGACUGGUACCCGACUCUGGUCAGCCUGGCCAGGGGCAACCUGAGCAAUGUGCCAGGCUUGGAUGGCUACGAUGUCUGGCCUGCCAUCAGUGAGGGCAAGGAGUCACCACGUACUGAAAUCCUGCACAACAUCGACCCCUUGUACAACCAUGCCAAGUAUGGCUCCUUGGAGGAUGGCUUUGGCAUCUGGAACACAGCUGUGCAAGCCUCCAUCCGGGUUGGGGAGUGGAAGCUCCUCACUGGCGACCCGGGGUACAGUGACUGGAUCCCCCCGCAGACCCUGACCAACUUCCCAGGGAGCUGGUGGAACCUGGAGCGUCUCACUGACGGCCUGAGGAAGUCCGUGUGGCUCUUCAACAUCACUGCUGACCCCUACGAGCGCUACGACCUCUCAGAGCAGCGCCCAGAUGUGGUCAGGACCCUCCUGACGAGGUUGGUGCAGUACAACCGGACAGCCAUCCCGGUGCGGUACCCUGCGGAGAACCCCCGGGCUCACCCAGACUUCAAUGGUGGUGCCUGGGGACCUUGGGCCAGCGAGGAUGACGGGGAGGAGUGGGAAGGCAGCCGGGAGCCCCUGAAGAGUAGGAACAAGAAGAAGUGCAAGAUCUGCAAGCUGCGCUCCUUCUUCCGCAAGCUGAACACAAGGCUCAUGUCCAACCGCAUCUGAUGGGAGACUCCCCCAGCAUCGACCCAUCCUGGCCAGGGUGGAACUCUGGACUGCACUGCCAUGGGGUGGGAGUGAGGGAGAAGAACAUGUGGGGAGGUGGCCAGUGCUCUCUUGCUCUCCCUUGCUCCAGGAUUCAUCGCAAAACACUUCUCUCUGGCUGGAGGGGUGGCUGCAGGGAGGUGGUCUCGGUGGGCAAGGAAGGGUGAUGUGGUCUCUGCCCUGGUGCUUGGUGGUGGUGUAUGACUGUGCUGAGCUGGGCUGGCCUGUGCACACGCCCUUCCAAAGAGAGAGACCCUUUCCUCAAGGACUCCACAGCCAAUCAUAAGCUUUAAGUGCUGGCCAUUGCAAGAGCAGGAGGAAGCACGGAAAGCCCUGCCUGCAGGUUGAUCCUUGCCAUUUCCCUGUAUUUACAUGCUCCUGGCUUUCAGCCUUCUGCCAGGCAGCUGCUGCCUUUGCUCUUGCUCUGGGAACUCGAGGGCCUCCCCCAAACCCAAGACCACAGCACUUCCCUAUUACAGUUCUUUGUAGAAGGAUGGAUUCCUGACCAUGGAUAUCAGACCUGAGACUGAUGUGGCUGGACUCAGUCAUGCUGCUACAGGGACCUCACCUGGGGCUAUGGUUUCCCCUCUCCACUGGCUUUGGGGGCCGGGACCAGCCCCGGUGAGGAGCUGUGGCCCACGGAAACAUAGUUGGAUACACUCAGAGCUCUCUGUGGCCCCACAUCUGGGAGGCAGGUUUGCCCCUGGCUCUGAUGAGCUCCACACUGGUCACCCAGCAGACCCUUUCACCCAUAAUUUGUCCAGACCCCCAUGUGCACGGCACCCAUCUUCCUCUCCAUGCCUCCUACGCAUCCAACGGCAAACCGUCCCGACUGCCCCUUCCCAGUGCUGGUGCUGUCCCUGUCCCCACAUUCCACUGCUGAACCUGGGGCAGAAGGAAGUUCUCAAGGAGGUCUCUGCAGAGGCUGCUGUAGCUGCUCUGUAGCUGCAGGACCUUGAAGCCGCGGUGGAGGACAGGGGUGAUGGGGACGUCUCUUGCCUGCCAGCACCGCGCCACAUCCCCUCGCCACAGAUGGGCACCGCUCUUCCAGCAGCGCACGCGUGGGGAGGAAAACACCUUCCCAUCAUCCGCUGCCAUGGGGAACCCAUCCGACUGCCAGGGGCCAGGCAGCUCCAGACCCAGCGCCGGGCCCCCGCGCCUUCGGCGGGGUGCGAGCGUGCGUACGUGCACUCACAGGAGAGCUGGCGAGGAUGAAAGGGGGCAAAUCGCUUCAAAAGCGUUUUGGAUGCAUGGUGCAUUUCCAUUUACACAAUGUGUUUUACAUUUCUCCCCACAGGUUUCUCUUGGUGCAGCGUGUGUAGGCGAAGGCCCUGCUGUGAAUUUUGAAAAUAGUUAUUUUUGUCUCUGGAAAAUGAGGCCCGUUAGGACUUGUCAGCUCUUGGAUGAGCAGUGUGGGCUUUCUUUUUUUUUUUUUUUUUCUUUUCCCCCCUCUCUC